AUGGACGCGCAGUAUGAUUACGAUGUGGUCAUUGUCGGCGCGGGCAUCGGGGGCAUCUGCAGCGCCUACCGCUUACAGGAGCGAUGUCCCCAGUUGACGUUUUGCGUUCUCGAGGGCCGUCAUGAAGUAGGAGGCACAUGGAGCCUCUUCCAAUAUCCCGGUAUCCGUUCCGACUCGGACCUCUACACGUACAGCUUUCCGUGGAAGCCUUGGCACGGAAAGUCCAUCGCUUCUGGAGCGCAGAUCCUCCAGUAUCUGAAAGCCGCGGCGCGCGAGCAUGGGCUGGACAAGCACAUCAAGUUUCACCGACAGGUGGACAACAUGAGCUGGUCAACUGCAACGAGCACAUGGACCGUGGACGCCACCGACACCGGCGCUUCCGACACGGCGGCCAAGACGGAGCGCCUCCGAUGCCGCUUCAUGCUGCUUUCCACGGGCUACUACGACUACGAGACACCGCUGCAGGCGCGAAUCCCAGGGCUGGCCGACUUUGAGGGGCCCGUGGUGCACCCGCAGUUCUGGCCCAAGGGUCUCGACUUCCAGGGCAAGAACGUCGUUGUCGUCGGCUCCGGCGCCACGGCCAUCACCUUGGUACCCACGCUGGCGCGGCGCGGCGCGGCGCACGUCACCAUGCUGCAGCGCUCGCCGACGUACAUCGCUUCGGUGCCGGGCGAGAGCGCGGUGCACUCCCUCACCAAGGUCAUGCUGCCGCGGGACCUUGCCUCGCGCGUGAUCCGGUGGCAGUGGAUCCUCUUCAUGCUUCUCUUUGUGCGCUUUUGCCGGCUGUUUCCCCGACUCGCCUGGGCGGUGCUGCUGCUCCGCACGCGCACCGAGCUCGCGCUGCACCAGUCGAUUGAGCCCGACUUUACGCCGCGCUACGAGCCGUUUGACCAGAACCUGUGUCUCACGCCGGAUUCCGACUUUUACGAGAUGCUCCGCAAGGGCAGGACGAGCAUCACGACGGGCCACAUUGACCGCGUGACGCCGACGCGCAUCAAGCUCCAGACGGGGCCGGCGCUCCGGCCCGACAUCAUCGUCACGGCCACGGGGCUCAAGGUGCGUUUCGGCGGCGGCAUUCGCAUCGCGGUGGACGACGAGCCGUUUGCGGUGAGCGAGCACUUUGUCUGGAAGGGCUGCAUGCUCGACAGCCUGCCCAACUGCGUCGCCAUCAUCGGGUACUACGACGCAAGCUGGACUCUAGGCACCGACAUAUCGGCCAAGAUGGCGUGCCGGUUGAUCAACAGGGCGAUGCGUGGUAAGAAGAAGACAAUGGUCGCUCGCACCAGGGAGGGAAUGAAGACGGUACCGAUGAUGUACCUCAAUUCUACGUAUGUAACCAGCGCCGACAGCCACAUUCCCAAGGCUGGCGACCAGCCGCAGUGGCAGCCGAGGAAAUCAUACUGGCACGAUACAAGGACCGAUGGCGCCUCACCAGUGAGCGAGCAGGUGCAGGCUCAGCGGCAUCACCCAGUGAGAGUUCUGGUUACCGACUCAUCCGCACCUCAUGAUUCACCGGUUUCUCUCCGCCCAAGGCUGCAAUAA